AUGAGUAGCGACUUCGACAUGAGCGAUGGCAGCGACUUUGAGGCGCCGGUCGCCAAGCCGAAAGCUGCGAAGAAGGCGGCCCCAGUCACCGCUGCAGUGAAGAAAGCGGCAGCCUCCAAACCCAAGGCUGCGGCACCAAAAGCGAAAAUUCCCAAGAAGCGAUCGAAAGAGUCAGACGACGAAGAUGAACCUGAUGACUUUGAUGAUGAAUCUCUUCUAGCCGACACACCGCCCGCUGCAAAGAAGGCAAAGACUUCUGCUCCCAAAGGACCCAAGAACCCAGCCAAGAGCCCACACUCCAAGCCGCUGGGCGAACUUGUCAACGAGGCGAUGGCUCAAGAUCCAAGCGUACCGAAGAAGAAGAAACGAGUCUCUGAGCAAUACCAGAAGUUGACGCAGUUGGAACACAUCAUCAAGCGUCCAGACACAUACAUCGGCUCCGUCGAGCGCAAUGAACGCCACAUGUGGGUCUUCAACCAACAGGAGAACCGGAUGGAGUACAGAGAGAUCUCGUUCGUGCCGGGUGUCUUCAAGAUCUUCGACGAGAUUCUCGUAAAUGCCGCAGACAAUAAGCAAAACGACAAGAACCAGAGCUACAUUGACGUCCACAUUGACCGAGAGCGCGGCGUAUGCUCAGUCGAGAAUGAUGGACGUGGUAUCCCAAUUGAGAUCCACUCCAAGGAGAAGAUCUACAUCCCAGAGAUGAUUUUUGGCGUUCUACUGACCGGCUCGAACUACGACGACGACGAGCAGAAGAUUACCGGUGGCCGCAAUGGCUACGGUGCUAAGUUGUGUAACAUCUUCAGCACAAAGUUCACAAUCGAGACGGCAUCUUCGAAACACAAGAAGAAGUACAAGCAGGUUUGGACAGACAACAUGAGCAAGAUGCACGAUCCCAUCAUUGCCGAGCAGAAAGGUGAAGACUACACAAAGGUCACAGUGUACGAUCUGGCUGGCACGCUGAAGGGAGUCAAGAUCAGACUCAAUGGCAAGGGUCUACCUGCACUUCCUUCGCAGAGCUUCGAACGAUAUGCUGAGCUGUACACCAAAGCUAUCAAGCUCGAGCGAGGCGAUGAUACGACUACUGAUGACUCGAACAUCAUCAUGGCGAAAGAGAAGAACGAGCGCUGGUCUGUCGGCGUUGCAGUGUCUGAUGGCUCCUUCCAGCAGGUAUCUUUCACGAACUCCAUCAACACCUCGUCGGGCGGAACCCAUGUCAACAUGAUCGUGGAUCAACUCGUCACAAAACUUGCAGCUCACGUCAAGAAGGGCAACAAGGGUGGUGUUGCACUCAAGCCGGCACAGAUCAAGAACCACCUCUUCCUCUUCGUGAAUGCUCAGAUCGUCAACCCGGCCUACACUUCGCAGACCAAAGAGCAACUCACCAACAAAGCCUCCAGCUUCGGCUCGAAGUUCGAGGUUACGGAUGCGUUCGUCAAGAAGAUCGUCGAAGGCACAAGCAUACUCCAGGACCUCCUAGCCACUCAGCAGCAGAAAGCCGACUCGCUGCUCAAGAAGACAGACGGCAAGAAACGCACUCGGAUGAACAACCCAAAGUUGGUCGAUGCCAACAAAGCUGGCACUGCUUCUGGCCAUCUCUGCACUCUCAUCCUCACUGAGGGUGACUCUGCCAAGGGUCUUGCCAUGGCUGGUCGUGCUGUUGUCUCUCCGGACCACUUCGGUGUGUUCCCGCUUCGAGGAAAGAUUCUUAACGUACGCGACGCUACCGUUGAUCAGAUCUCGAAGAAUGCUGAGAUCAAUGCUAUCAAGUCAUUCUUGGGUCUUCAACACAAGAAGGUCUAUGAGGAUACGCGGUCCCUGCGGUAUGGCCACCUUAUGAUCAUGACGGAUCAGGAUCAUGAUGGUAGUCAUAUCAAAGGACUCCUCAUCAAUUUUCUCCAGUGCCAAUUCCCAUCUCUGCUUCGCAUUCCGGAGUUCCUGGUCGAAUUCAUUACGCCGAUUGUCAAGAUCUGGAAGGGCGAUGCAAAGCACCCAACUCAGCAGAAGACUUUCUUCACCAUGCCGGAAUACGAAGCAUGGAAGGCCGAAGGCCAUAAAGGCUGGUCCUCCAAGUACUACAAAGGGUUGGGGACCUCGACAGCAGAGGAUGCCCAGGUCUACUUCAGUGACCUUGAACGCCAUCACAAAGAAUUCCACACCAUGCGAGAAGGCGAGCCAGAGCUGAUUGAACUUGCUUUCAGCAACAAGAAGGCUGAUGAACGAAAGACCUGGCUGCAGUCAUAUAAAGCCGGCGACUAUCUGGAUCACUCAGCUGCACGAAUUACCUAUACUGACUUCGUGAACAAGGAGCUGAUGCUCUUCUCGCUGGCUGAUUGCGUUCGCAGUAUCCCCAGCGUCGUGGACGGUCUCAAGCCGGGUAUGCGGAAGUGUCUGUAUACCGCGCUCAAGAAGAAUCUCAGAAAGGACAUGAAGGUCGUGGAGUUCGCUGGUAUUGUUCUAGGGAUGACAGCCUAUCAUCACGGCGAGACGUCACUCCAGAGCACGAUCGUCGGCCUGGCGCAGAACUUCGUCGGAAGCAACAACAUCAAUCUUCUCGAGCCCUCAGGAAACUUCGGUAGCAGAUUGCAAGGAGGAGCCGAUUCUGCAUCGGCGAGGUACAUCUAUACCCGCCUAUCGCCAUUCGCUCGGAAGCUCUUCCACGUGUCAGAUGAGCCUCUGCUGACCUACAAUACCGAUGACGACCAAACCAUCGAGCCGGAGAUCUAUGCUCCCAUCCUGCCAAUGCUGCUUGUCAACGGAGCGGACGGCAUUGGCACAGGUUGGUCAACAUCCAUCCCGAAUUUCAAUCCUGUCGAGAUCGUGGACAACUUGAAACGCAAGAUGAAUGGUGAGGACUUCCUGCCGAUGCAACCUUGGUUCCGUGGGUUCAAGGGAGAGGUCACCGAGACUGGUCCUGGCAAGUUCCAGUUCUCGGGCCUUGCCUCGCAGCUGAACGACACCGAGAUCGAGAUCUCUGAGCUGCCAGUACGCAUGUGGACGCAAACCUUCAAGGACAAGCUCGAGGAGAUCCUCAAAGCCGAGAAGGCUCCGAGCUUCAUCAAGGACUACAAGGACUACAAUACUCACAAGGAUGUGCUCUUCACCAUCCAAAUGGAGUCCGAGAAGCACAUGGAGGCUGCUCUGAAGCAAGGCUUAGUCGACAAGUUCAAGCUCACCAAGCAGGUCUCGCUGGCUAACCUCGUCGCUUUCGAUCCCGAGGGUCGUAUCAGAAAGUAUGACCGAGUCGAAGACAUCCUGGACGAGUUCUACCGCUAUCGACUCCAGCUGUACGCUAAGCGAAAGACCUACAUGCUCGAGACCAUGCACAAGGAGCUGACACGCCUGACCAACAUGGCGAGAUUCGUCCAAAUGAUUGUUGACGGCGAGCUCAUUGUUGCGAAGAAGCGCAAAGCAAAGUUGGUGGUCGAGCUCCAGGAGCUGAAAUUCAAGGCGUUCGCAAAGGAGAAGGACGCAGCCAAGGCUGGUGAGAAAGCCGAUGCCGUUGAGGAAGAUGAGGAGCAAGACGCCGAGAUCAACGCUCAAGCUUCCGCAUACGACUACCUCCUCGGCAUGCCCAUCUGGUCCUUGACCCAAGAACGCAUCGAAAAACUCCGCAAGCAAAUGGGCGACAAAGAGCACGAGAUCGACGCCCUCAGCAAAACCUCCAUCCAAGACCUCUGGCGCACCGACCUCGACGAGUUCGUCACCGAGUGGGAAACACAACUUGAAGACGAGCGUCAAACCGAGAAGAAGAUUCGCAAGGGUGGUCGGAGAGCAUCCGCGAAGUUCCACAUCGGGGGCAAGACGGCGUCGAAGAAGCGCAAGAACAAGGAUGAUGACUCUGAUGAUGACUUUGAUGAUCGCAAGAAGGCGAAGAAGCCGGCACUGCCCAAAGCUGUACCUGCGCCCAAAGCAGUUCAGGGCUCAUUGGACACGUUUAUGAAGAAGAAGAAUCCUGUUGUGAAGAGGACAGAGUAUGCUCCCCCAGCGAAGUCGAAAGUGCACAGCACUAUCGCGCAAGCGAGAAGUCAGUUCACUGAUGGAAGCAGUGAUUCGGAACCGACGAGUCGCGCUGAGACGCCUGCUGAAGGUGUUGGCUCUUCACAAGUCUCGAAGCCAAAGGUCAAGACCGAGGCGCCUAUUGGCACGAUCCCCAAGCCGGACAAGCCACGCGGUCGAGCAGCUGCGAAUAAAGCGCCCAUCAAAUACACCGUCGACUCAGACGACGAUAGUGAUGGCGACGAUCUGCUCGCUGAUCUGGGCACAUUGGUCAAGCCACUUGGUGGGAACACGACAGAGUCGAAGCCCUUGUUCAACACGUCGACCUCGCGGCCGUCAAGCAGUCAUGACUUCAAGCUUCCUACGAAGCCGCCCGCGCCUAAGAUCUCCGACAGCAUCUCUGAUGAUGAGGAGACGGACUACAAGGCACUGGCUCCGCAAUCCUCGCCGCGUCGCUCGAUCCUGGUCACCAACAAGGACACCACAGUCUUCGAGGACGACGCCUCGGAGCAAGACGAUGACUCGGAAGAGGACUUCAAGCCCGCGACAACCAAAUCAAAAGCGCGCGGCCGUCCCAAGAAAGGAGUGGAUAGCGACGUCGAGUCUGUCAAGCCCAAGGCUACAGCUGCCGCGAAGAAGAAGACCGCAGCGCCGUCGGUCAAAGCUCCAGUCAAGAAAGUCGCCGCUUCAGCAGUCACAGCCAACAAAAAGGCUGCUGCCGCUGCAACGGCAAAGAAGGAGCCCCCGCAAUCACCCGCCGCGAAGGCGUACGCGAAACGCCUUGCCAAGAAGAAGACCGUGAUUCUUUCUGACGACGAGGAUGAUGAUCUCGUGAAUGAUCUGCUGGACUCGCCUGCCGGAAAGGACAACGACGCUAUGGACGUUGAUGAUAGCGACGACGAAGAUGUGAAGCCGGCUGCUCGGGCUGGGAGACGUGCGGCGACAAAUAAGAAGCCUGUGAAGUAUGCCUUCGAUGAUUCUGAUGAUGAGGUUGAGAACGACGACAGCUUUGCUGUUGAUGUUGACGAUAGCGACUGA